GGGGCGGGGCCGAGUGGGGCCCGGGGAGGGGGCGGGGCCGAGUGGGGCCCGGGGAGGGGGCGGGGCCCCCCGCCGCCCGGGGGGCGCGGCGGCCCCCCCCCGCGCAUAUAAGUGGGCGCGUCCGCGCGUGCGCACCCCGCGCGCGCGCGCGUCUCUGUAGUGGCGCGCUGUGCCCCGGUCUCCUCUGGAGAUGGGCUCCGUGGCCUAGCGUCCCCGUCCCCGCCACCCGUGAUCGUGUGCCGAGGCCCGCGAGGGGUUGCCGCCCAGGUCCCACCAGCCAGCAAGCCGGAGCAUGGCGGCCAUCCCCUCCAGCGGCUCGCUCGUGGCCACCCACGACUACUACCGGCGCCGCCUGGGUUCCACUUCCAGCAACAGCUCCUGCGGCAGUACCGAGUGCCCCGGGGAAGCCAUUCCCCACCCCCCAGGUCUCCCCAAGGCUGACCCGGGUCACUGGUGGGCCAGCUUCUUUUUCGGGAAGUCUACCCUUCCAUUCAUGGCCACGGUGUUGGAGUCCGCAGAGCACCCGGAACCCCCCCAGGCCUCCAGCACCAUGACCACCGGUGGCCUGGCUCGGGAUGCCCCGAGGAAGCAGCCCGGCGGUCAGCCCAGCACAGCCAGCGCUGGACCCCCGUCCUGACCUGAGCGGUUACCACCAGCCCAAGGCCUGCGGAGGCGCUAGUCCACCAGAGCCCCUCCCCACUCCCUGCCCCCUGUCCCCUCCCCACGUCCCUCUCCCCACCCUGUAGACCAGGCGGCUGCAGCAAGCAGACCUUCGCAUCAACACAGCAGACACCAAAAAGGAGGGCCCGGCUCUCUACCGCCCGGCCCUAGCACUCGCUAGCUUUCCUGACAUCUGGAACUGUGCACCUGGCACCAAGCGGAAAAUAAACUCCCAGCAGCCAGUAGCCC